AUGCAGGCGUUGAGGCCAAAACUCGCAGUUUUCCAUGGCACGAGCCGGCACCUUACGACCUCAACAGCACUCUCUGACGCGAGACAGGCGGUCCGCCGGAUGCGGCGCUACCUGUCCAGCAGCCGCGGCCUCGGAAGCACCCUGCAACCUGUUCUACACGCUCUCUGGUUCAGUUCCUUUCAAGGAAGACACCGCCGCGUCGCAGAGUUGCUACUCCUGCUACUGUCGCUGUGGCUCCUGCUGCUUCUGUUGCCACAGAGCGUCCUCCAUGGGCUGCCCCGCGCCUUUCGGAACGUCUCGUCUGACCUGCGAUUGCCAAGGCAGUUCGACGGGUGCGCUCGAGUACCGCUGGGAUGUAAGCGCUCCGUAGAUGAUUACAUCGCGCUUACUGGAUGUUGCUCCAGGGCUGGACUCGGACAUACAAUCUCCGCCAUGAACCGUAUCGUCCAUUUGGCUCAGCGGCUCGGUUUGCGUCACGUCUACGACCCAGAGGCGAUGCGCGGCCUUGGACACGGUAUCGGCGACAAAGCUGAAGCGUUUUUCAAUUUGUCGCUUUACACAACGCCACGAACUGCAGUCCCAUCAGAUCAUAUAGCAAUUCGCAUCACUGCAUCGACUCUGAAGCACAGAGACGAGCGAGAACUGCUCGCGCUCCUGCAACAUUGGCGGAGUGCUGUGGAGCGCCAACCCACACUCCGCACACGAGCACUCUUUUUCCAGUUCGAGGCUGUUUUCAGUCCUGGUGGAGCGUUGGCGUCUUCCUGGGCGUGUACGGCCUCGUGGUGGCGCAGCGUCUUCCAGCGCCAGCGAGCAGUCUUCAUGGAAAGCCGUCGAAACCAGAAUGCAGACGACUUUGCGGAACUUUCGCGUACCGUAAGCAUCGCACUUCACGUCCGACGGGGUGACCAGGUUCCGCGGUAUCCCAUGUACAAGCCGAAUGCCUACGUGGAAGCUGGCUUGCGACGAAACCUCCCUGAUUCAUGGUAUGUGGCGGCUGCAGACGCGGCAUUCAAGGCUCACUGCCACCGCGCUGGACCCGUCUUUUGCGCUCCGCACCUCCUUCGUAUUCGCAUUUUCUCCGAGUCACCGCUGGUGGACAUGGAUGGUUAUCCAAGCCGGCUUAAGCAGUGGUUGUAUGAGCGCUUUCCUGGUGCCAAGAUCACGCAGCAUCUGGACAUGACUACUAUUGACGCCCUGAUCGAGAUGACGAGCGCAGAUAUCUUCGUGGGGUCUCGCAGCGCUUUCUCGCAGCUUGUCGCUCGACUGAUGCCCGUACACAGCACUGUUCUGGUACCACCGCAGUUUCCAUCAAAUUACAGCGAUCCGGAGGCGGCGCCUUUGCCGUGCAGCCUCGUUCAGGCGCCUUGGCAACUGCGGACGGUCGGCGAGCCUCCGGGCGCGCUGUACUGGCCGGAAUAUGUUUGCCUGCGGGGCGAAAACAGUGCUGUCCCUGGGAGUGGGCGUUCAUCUCCACAGCGCAUUAGCAAGGCAAAUCGUCCCAUGUGGAGGCGAAGUCGACACGCAAUGCCGCGUGCAUUUUUCGGCGAGCGCUGGGCGCAACCUCGAAACUGGAGCUUUGUCGUGGAGCGUCUGAUGCAUCCAGAUCGGGAGUGGUGGCUGCCGGAGCUCCAGCACGAGCUGCAGGUUCGUCCACACUGUUAG